ACCUCACUCGAGUUCAGAACACGAGCCUACGAGCUUGUGCACGACAAGGCAACAUGGCAGACAAGUGUUAUUACAGGAAAAGAGAACAAUAGUUCAAAAGACAUAUGGUCCGGGAGCAUAACUAGGGUAUGGGGCAGACCUUGGAGUAUUAUGCAACUGACCACCGAGAUUAACGGGACCUUGAUUGUUCGUCAUCGGAAAAUGGAUCAUAGAUGGUGGCGAGCUCAGGUGAAGUGCGGCUGUAUUGAUAAAGAUUCGACUUUCUUAUUNCUUAUUAUUAAAAAAAAAAAGAAAUGGGCAAAAAGGAGUGAAAAUAAAUCUUUGUCCUCUGCUUCAGGCUAUACGGGUCGGUACAUGAUGAGGUUUCAGACCGAGUACACAUCCGACAUUAUGAACAAGGCCACAGUGCCUUUGGACGUGAAGCUGGGAAAAUGGUUCUUCAGUCAUCCUCCGGGGUUCAGCUCAACAUUUUUUGCAUUUAAUUUGAAUUUUGUCUUAUUAAGAUACCCAUAG